AUGUCUGUCGAGGAGAUACAGGACAAGCAAGGCAACGAUAUCAAUGAAGGUGACUUUGUCAACACCACGUUUAGAGGCGGGUCACAUGAGGGCAAGGUCCAAACAAUCGUCAAGGAUGAAGCCAGUGCCCAACGUGAGGGUGUGCGCAGCUACCCCAAGGCAAGUCCGACAUCAGCGAGACAAUGCUUUUCGUUAUUCUUGAUCAUCAUUCCCAUGGUUCUCCGGAUCGUUGUCCUCGAUCUUCUUAACUAA